GCUAUCCGAAAUUAAAUAUUUUAAUCUGCCGGAGGCGAAAAGGUCUCUAGCUCCAGCUAAACUCCAAGAGGAGAGAGAGAGAGAUUCAAUUAUAUGCAGAAGAAAGAGCUAAUUGGUUCUCUCUCUCUCUUUGUCUCUGAUUGAUUGAUCCAGCGAUUCGUCUGGCUGGCUCGGUUUCCGCGGGAAAAGCUUCUACGUUGACCUUACGAGUUUUGUUGAUUCGGCAAGGGGACGACGACGGAGAUGGCGAUUCUGUACGCACUCGUGGCUCGUGGCACGGUUGUUCUUUCUGAGUUCACCGCCACGUCUACGAAUGCGAGCACCAUCGCCAAACAGAUCCUCGAGAAGGUCCCUGGAAACGACGACAGCAACGUCUCCUACUCUCAGGAUCGUUACGUCUUCCACGUUAAACGCACCGAUGGCCUCACCGUUCUCUGUAUGGCCGAAGAAACCGCCGGAAGGAGAAUUCCUUUUGCCUUUCUGGAGGAUAUUCACCAGAGAUUCGUACGGACGUAUGGCAGGGCUGUUCAUACAGCACAAGCUUAUGCAAUGAAUGAGGAAUUCUCUAGAGUUCUCAGUCAGCAGAUUGAGUAUUACUCUAAUGAUCCUAAUGCCGAUAGGAUUAAUCGGAUUAAGGGUGAAAUGAAUCAGGUGCGGGGUGUCAUGAUAGAGAACAUUGACAAAGUUCUAGAUAGAGGUGAACGCUUGGAGCUUCUUGUCGAUAAAACCGCCAAUAUGCAGGGGAAUACAUUCCGCUUCAGGAAGCAAGCUCGUCGUUUUAGAAGCAACGUCUGGUGGAGAAAUUGCAAGCUCACGGUCCUCUUAAUACUACUACUACUGGUGAUCAUAUACAUCGCAGUGGCCUUUCUCUGCCACGGACCUACUCUACCAUCUUGCAUUUAAGUGUAUCUGUCCCUCAAGGAAUCCAUCCCGAUUCUGCGUGUUGCCACAACUUCUUUUCUCCUCACCUGAUUGUAAACGUUCUGUUUCCUCGAGCUUUUUUAAAAAGCUUAUGUUUUCAACUCACGUAUAUGAAGAAGUAUACUUAUUUAUAGAGCAAUGUAAAAGCUCAUUGCUUUGCAAAGUGUGUGAAUCUUUGUUGUCAUCAUGUUCUAUAAAUUACAUACAUAGUGGAGAAGUGAACAGGCUUGUUUUGUCUGAUAUUUUUAUACAACUCUUUGAAUCUUCA